CAUCACCUUAUCAUUCUUCAAAGGCUUCUCAUUUCAUGUGUAAAAAGCUUAACCCAUGACUGUCAUCCUCCUGAUCCUUUUUCUAACAACUAGACUCUUCAUCAAUUCAGAAUCUGUAAGCAGAGCUGAUUUUCCGGAUGGGUUCAUAUUUGGAACAGCUUCUUCAGCUUAUCAGUUUGAAGGGGCUGCAAAGGAAGGAAACAAGGGAGCUAGCAUAUGGGAUACCUUUACCAGACAGCCAGGAAGGAUUUUGGACUUCAGCAAUGCAGACACAACAGUUGAUCAAUAUCAUCGGUUUGAGAGUGAUAUAGACUUGAUGAAGGACUUGGGGAUGGAUGCUUACAGAUUUUCAAUCUCUUGGUCAAGAAUAUUUCCAAAUGGGACAGGGGAACCCAAUCCAGAAGGAAUAAACUACUACAACAGAGUAAUUGAUACUUUACUAUACAAAGGAAUCCAGCCCUUUGUAACUCUGUAUCAUUGGGAUCUUCCACAGAUGCUGGAAGAUAAAUAUGAAGGAUGGUUGAGUAGGCAAAUAGUUGAAGACUUUGCGCAUUUUGCAUUUACCUGCUUCCAAGCUUUUGGAGAUAGAGUGAAGCACUGGAUCACCUUCAAUGAGCCUCAUGGUUUCUCUCUCCAAGGAUAUGACUUGGGAAUUCAGGCACCUGGAAGGUGCUCGAUUCUAGAUGGUAUACUUUGUAAGACAGGAAAUUCAUCCACAGAACCUUACAUUGUAGCACACAACAUCCUAUUGUCUCAUGCUGCUGCUUAUCACACCUACCAGCUAAAUUUCAAGGAAAAGCAAGGAGGUCAAAUUGGAUUAGCACUAGAUGCCAUAUGGCAUGAACCAAUAUCUAAGAGUGAUGAAGACAUAGAUGCAGCACAUAGAGCAAUGGAUUUUGGAAUUGGAUGGUUUCUUGAUCCACUGUUCUUUGGUGACUAUCCUCAUUCUAUGAAAAAGUUUGUGGGUGAGAGACUGCCUCUAAUCUCGCCAGAGACGUCCAAAAUGCUACUGGGUUCCCUAGAUUUCAUUGGCAUAAAUCAUUACACCACUUUAUAUGCCAGAAAUGACAGAACUCGUAUUCGGAAACUAAUACUUCAUGAUGCUGCAUCUGAUGUUGCUGUAAUCACUCCCUCAUCUCGCAAUGGAGUUCCUAUUGGAGAAAGGGCAGCUUCCCUCUGGCUACACAUUGUCCCAUGGGGCAUCAGGAAGUUGGCAAAAUACAUUAAAGACAAGUAUGGGAAUCCUCCAGUAAUUAUAACAGAAAAUGGUAUAGAUGAGCUAAACAGGCCAUUUAUACCUAUGAAAAAGGCUUUGCAAGAUGACAAGAGAAUAGAAUAUCACAGGGAUUAUCUCUCAAACCUAUCUGCUGCUAUAAGGCAAGACAACUGCAAUGUAAAAGGAUAUUUUGUGUGGUCUUUGCUAGACAACUGGGAAUGGAACUACGGCUAUACUGUCCGAUUUGGACUCUAUUAUGUGGACUACAAAAAUAACCUCACAAGGAUUCCAAAAUCUUCUGUUCAAUGGUUCAAAGGUGCACUCAGAUGAAGAAGUAAAGAAAGCAAUUUGACAUCAGCAGGCUAGAGUUAGCACCAAAUAUUUGAAUCUGCAACAAAUAUUGCAGAGAGCAUUAAAAAAAAAAAAAAAAAAAAACUCUCUCCUCUCUUUGAUGGUACGAGUUCACUUCAUCACAAGGAAGGUGAUACCAAUAUGAGAUGUCAACUAAACAAGAAAUCAUAUAUUUAAUGUACAAACAGAUUCUUUGUAGCAUAAUUUUUUCUAGGAAGCUAUGAUUGAUCGCUUGUUUUGAAGAAAAAAAAGGUUGUAAAGGAAACUGGAAUAGCAUACCUUGAAUUCCUCACGGAGGCUUGGCGUUUGGAAUUAGCACCGUAAGGCCUGCUGUUUUAGAAGAGACAGUGCAUCUGUUUAUACUCGACUCGACAGCAAAGUUAGUUUCAAAUUAUGUAGAAAAUAUCUGACCUGUAUUAGAUCAUAUCUAAGUACCAAUGGUAGUCAAAAACGAUAAACAUCUCAAAUUAUU